AUUUCCUUCUUCGUCCAACCUUUCCUUUUCAUCGACACCCACCCUCCUCGGCACAGCGCAGGCUCGCCUCACAUCCAUAACAGCACCGCCGUCUUUUUGGAAAGCCCAGGAACCGACUUUUUUUUUUUCCCUUUUUCAGACCCACAGCUGCACACCAAUUCACACCAAUUUUCGCGCUCUCUUUUACACAUCGCCAUGGCACCUUCAAGGAGGACUCUCCUGGGCGUGCUAUUUGUACUCUGCGCACUUCUCCAGUUAUCAUAUACCGAGGCAUUCAAGUCAUUCAUCGACAGCGAUGUUCGUAAAGGAGGAUGCGGUGGAAUGUAUGCUUCCAGCCCUGGUACUAAUGAUAGCGGAAUCAGAAUUGUCAUGGACAAGGAUUCGAAAGGCAACGCGGUCGUGGUAGUGUUCGAAUGGAAUGACUCUAAGUAUGUGGGCAAGACCGAUACCCCAAAUGGAGACCCCGUCUACAUCUGUGACACCAUCGCCCUGAAUGCUGGAUUUUGUACGGAGAUGGACCUUGGCAAGGCAAUUAUUGACACCUCGAUCGCAUCAACAGUUCAAUCAGCCUCACUUAACUUCACAAACGUGAAGACGGCAGGCAUCCAAUUUUUUGACUAUCAUGUUCAAAAGACUGGCUACUACUGUGUCAUGACAUGGCCUGUGCAAGUGAAUCAGGAGGAUGCUUACUACGCAGGAAUCCUCGAAUUUAACAACAAGUACGGAACUCUGGCUGGAUCUGACUUUCCGAAGUUGCCUUUCUAUGGCGCAUUGUCCUUGACCUACAUGACAAUCGGGAUUUGCUGGAUGAUCCUGUGCGCCAGACAUUGGCGAGAGAUCCUGACUGUGCAGCAUUUCAUCUCAGGAGUUAUCUUUUUCUUGAUGGUCGAAAUGGCAUUCAACUGGGGCUAUUGGGACGACUACAACAAGACCGGCACUUCUUCCAUGGCUUUGCUUGUGCUUGUCUCAAUUUUGAACUCGGGUCGUAACAGUUUGUCGCUGUUCAUGUUGCUGAUCGUCUCGAUGGGCUACGGAGUUGUCAAGCCAACCCUUGGAAGCACGAUGAAGAAGGUCAUCUUUUUAAGUUUUGCCCACUUCCUCUUUGGAAUCAUCUAUUCCGCAGGAACCAUGUCCCCAGUCGACGACGUGAGUGCGAUGAUUGUGCUCAUGGUGGUUGUGCCGCUGGCCCUGACCAUGACCAGCUUCUACAUCUGGACUCUUCAGUCGUUGACCUCGACCAUCGCCACACUCAACCUACGUCGCCAGACCGAAAAGGUGAAGAUGUACACGCGUCUCCGGCGCCUGUUGGUCUUCUCGCUCACGGUUCUGUGCGCCUUCUUUGUGAUCAAUACGCUCAAUUUUAUGAACAUGGACAGCGACGAUUGGCCAGCAACCCAUUGGCGCAUCAAGUGGUUCUUACUCGAUGGCUGGCUGAACAUCCUGUAUCUGGUCGUCUUUACUGUCAUUGUCAUUCUUUGGCGACCCACGGAGAACAACAAGAGAUACGGCAUCGAUCAAUUGGAGACCGAGGACUUUGACGACAAUGACGAGCAUGCGGACCACAACAACGUUCGUGCAGCCGAGUCUAUGGGAUUGACAGGCAUGAAACUUCGUCCUCAGCGUCGUGAUUACGAGAUGGAAGACGACGAGGUGGCCAUGUUUGAUAUUGGCGAGGAAGACGAGGACGAGGACGCUCAGGAGAGCGACCAGGAUGGUGAUGAUCUGGAGGCAGGACGUCUCAAUCCUCAGCGAUCGAGCUCGGCGGGUCGCAGUUCUUCCUCAGGAGGACCUUCACCUGGCUAUAGGACUGGAUCCUCAGCCUCGAAUGGAUCCUUCGGUGAAGAAGCUGAGCGGGAGCGAGUUCGCCUGGAGGCGUCCAAGAUGAAUUAGAUGCACUCGGCUAGGAUCGCACGAAAUACUGGAGAAUCAUAUAACUGUGGACAAUAAAAAAGCCAAAUU